CUCAACGCCAGGAAACAUCAACGCCAAUUCACACAACGAUGGCAAUGAACAAGGGCAGAAGCAGGCCGCCGGCAAGUUUAUGAACAACAGCGAUCAUAAUCAUCCCAAGGAUAUCGUGGAGGAGCUGUCUUUUCGCCUGAGUAAAAUGUCUCCGAACAACCCUCCUCUGCAAUUGGAGGACAAUGAAUCUCCGACGGAGGAUGACGUGUAUUCAUAUGCAUCGCGUGUAUUCUUUGGUGCUUCGGCUCCCAACCAGAUGUCUCCAUUGACAAGGUCUCCAUGGCAAUCUUAUGUAGAAAGAUCGGUGCCUGAUUGCUCUGAUUCUCAAUCUACUUAUACCGGUUUAAUGGCUUCUCUCGUCCGUGAAGAAGGCAAUAUAUAUUCGUUAGCAGCAGUCGGAGAUUUGCUCUACACCGGAUCUGAUAGCAAGAACAUUCGUGUUUGGAAGAACCACAAGGAAUUUUCUUGGUUCAAAUCGAAUAGUGGAUUGGUUAAAUCCAUCGUAAUUGCCGGUGAGAAAAUCUUCACCGGCCACCAGGACGGGAAAAUUAGGGUUUGGAAGGUGUCGCCUAAGAACCCUAGCACCCAUAAACGUAUUGGGACUUUACCCACUUUUAAAUCCAUAUUGAAGAAGUCCAUGAAGCCAAAGAAUUAUACCGAAGUGAGAAGAAAUCAAAACAAACUUUGGAUCAAACAUUUCGAUGCGAUUGCUAGUCUUAGCUUGAGCGAAGAUCAAUCGCUUCUUUAUUCAGGUUCCUGGGACAGAACGAUUAAAGUUUGGAGGGUAUCGGAUUUUAAGUGUAUGGAAUCAAUCUCUGCACAUGAUGAUGCCAUUAACUCGGUGGUCACCGGAUUCGAUGGUAUGAUUUUCUCGGGAUCAGCGGAUGGGACGGUGAAGGCGUGGCGGAGGGAGUAUCAAGGGAAGAGAACGAAACAUAUGUUUUUAGACAAUUUGUUGAAGCAGGAAUGUGCUGUGACGUCGCUGGUUAUUAAUCAAGCGGGCACGGUGGUUUACGGUGGUUCGUCGGACGGUUUUUUACAUUUUUGGGAGCGAGAGAAGCUGUGGUCUCGCGGAGGGCUUUUGCGAGGUCAUAAGCUGGCUGUUCUGUGCUUGACGGCAGCCGGAAAUUUGGUUUUCAGCGGUUCGGCAGAUACCAACAUUUGUGUGUGGAAGAGAGAAGAGGGAGGAGAGCAUAAGUGUUUGUAUAUGCUGACCGGACAUUCUGGACCGGUGAAGUGUUUAGCGGUGGAGGAUGAGCGGCGAGGGUCGGUGUGCCAGUGUAGUAACAGGAUUUGGACUGUGUACAGCGGCAGCUUGGAUAAGUCGGUGAAGAUAUGGAGGGUGUCUACAGAGAAGGCGGCGGAGGUGGAGAGUCAACAAGCAGCGGCGGCGGCGGCGGCGCAACGACCAAGCAGCUCGUCGUCACGGCCUAUAAGCUCUUCAGGACAAAUGUUAUCAUCGCAUGGUCGACUAAUAGCUAACUAG